CAGCAGGUCUCUUGCGAGGCGCUUCUUUAAGUGGAGCCUGCUCCUUUAAAUACGCCCUUGUCGGAGGCGAAAUAGUUUAAAGCUUCCGGGCAUGCGCACAGCGCUGUGCCGAAGAAUGCCUCCUCCUGGAUGUGAGGCCUACAAAUGGCAUUGAACUUGAAAUAGACCAUUUUAAUCCUGGAAUUUUAAUAGACAGAAGCCUGGAGUGGAUGAAGAAUCAAGUUGCAGAUCACCAGAUAUACCAGAACAAGUUUGCCUGCAUUGUUAUUUAAGAAUGGAAGAGGACACAGAUUUUAGAAUCAGGUUUAAUUCUUUGUGUUUCAUUACUGAUCAUGUUGGAUUUCAUGGCACCAUAAAAAGCUCACCAAGUGACUUUGUGGUUAUUGAGAUUGAUGAGCAGGGACAACUAGUUAAUAAAGCCAGUGAUGAACAUGUUUACAAGGUUCAUAAAGUACUACCUGAGCCAAAUAAUUUGGCUAAAAAACCAAAACUAGAUCUUCAAAAUGUAUCCUUUGAAGAGAGAAGCAAUCAAGAAGUCAAGACUUCAGCUGGGUGCUCGGAUGAUGACCAAAAUUAUGAGCCUGCUUCUGAAAAGGCAGAUACUAUCAAAGAUGGAAUUUUGAGAGGUGAAAAAGAACAUCUUGAUGUAUUCGGCUCCUUGUUAGAUGAAAAAACUAAUGAAUUACUGAAUCAGUAUGCCGGUGAUAUAAAAGAGAAGUGGAAUUCUAAAACUGAGCUAAUUGGACCAUCUCCUGAAUUCUCAUUAGGUAGAAUCCUUGACAAAAACCAGAGGGCUACCCUGCAUAGUGCUGUUAGGCAGAAAUUUCCUUUUUUAAUAACUGUAGGAAAAAACAGUGAAAUUGUUGUAAAACCAAAUCUUGAGUGUAAAGAACUCUGUCACUUGGUAUCUGAAGAAGAAGCAUUUGGCUUUUUUAAAUAUUUGGAUGCACGGAAAGAAAAUUCCAAAUUUACCUUUAAAUCUGAUACAGACAAAGAGCACAGAAAAGCUGUCCACCAUUUUGUCAACAAAAAAUUUGGAAAUCUUGUGGAAACCAAAUCUUUUCCUGAACUGAAUUACGGUGCUGAUAAUCCAAAUGUAGUGAUUACAGUAAGAUUUCGGGAAAAAGCACACAAACACAAGAAAAGGUCUCUUCAUGAAUGCCCAGAAAGAAAAGUUAUACACACAGCCUUUACCCUACGAAAAGAAAAUCUUGAAAUGUUUGAAGCGGUUGGUUUUUUAGCUAUCAAACUUGGAGUGAUUCCUUCGGAUUUUAGUUAUGCAGGACUUAAAGACAAGAAAGCCAUCACUUAUCAAGCAAUGGUUGUUAGAAAAGUGACACCAGAGAGGUUGAAAAAUAUUGAAAAAGAACUUGAAAAGAAAAGAAUGAAUAUACUUAACAUUCGGUCUGUGGAUGAUUCCCUUAGACUUGGUCAGCUCAAAGGAAAUCAUUUUGAUAUUGUCAUCAGAAAUUUAAAAAACCAAAUAAAUGAUUCCACAAGCCUGAGAGAGAGAAUUUUGGAGGCUAUAGAAAAUGUGAAGAAUAAAGGGUUUGUGAAUUACUAUGGACCACAGAGAUUUGGGAUGGGAAGGAAAGUUCACACAGACCAAAUUGGAUUGGCUUUGCUGAAGAGUGAAAUGGUGAAAGCUGUAAAAUUAUUUCUUACACCAGAAGAUUCGGAUGAUCCUGUAAAUAGAGCAAAGAAGUAUUUUCUUCAAACAGACGAUGCUAAGGGCACACUCUCACUGAUGCCUGAAUUCAAGGUGCGGGAGAGAGCAUUGCUGGAGUCCUUGCAUCGCUUUGGCAUGACAGAGGAGGGCUGUGUCCAGGCCUGGUUCUCUUUCCCCCAUUCUAUGCGUAUAUUCUAUGUUCAUGCUUAUAGCAGCAAAAUCUGGAAUGAGGCAGCAUCUUACAGACUUGCCACCUAUGGAUCCAGGGUAGUGGAGGGGGACUUGGUCUGUUUGGAGGAAGAUGUUGACGAUGAGCAUUUACCAAGUAGUAAAGUUCAUCUGGUAACUGAAGAAGAUGAAUCAGCUAAUACAUAUGCAAUACAUCAGGUGGUUCUUCCAGUGCUUGGAUACAAUAUUCAGUAUCCAAAGAACAAAGUAGGGCAGUGGUACCAGGAGGUACUCAGCAGAGAUGGACUACAAACUUGUAGAUUUAAAAUACCUCCUCUGAAACUGAAUGUUCCGGGAUGCUAUAGAAAGAUUUUGAAACAUCCCCAUAAUCUCUCAUACCAACUAAUAGAAGACGCUGAUAUUGAUGUCAAAAAGGACGGUUCUCACAUCGACGAAGCAACUGUAUCUCUUUUGAUCUCUUUUGAUCUUGAUGCUUCCUGUUAUGCCACAGUCUGUCUGAGGGAAAUAAUGAAGCAUGACUUUUAAAACCAAUACCCUUGAUAUAAACGGGUAUGUGCCAUUUUUUAAAGGAAAGGGAGUUAAAAUUUCUUGAGCAUCUACCAUGUACUAGGAACUUUAUAAUCGUUGUCUCCUUUGAUUACAUGGCAUCCUGAUGAAGUAGAAGUUGAUAUUAAACAUUCCAAAGGAUGUACACCUAGUAAGUGUCAGAUCUGAAUUUAAGACUUUUUGUUCUUUCUAUGAUCUAAUGUCUCAGUGACCUUUAUUCUGUGUUGCAAAAGUUGUACUCUUUCUGGAUUAUUAGGAACAUAUACUGCCAGAUAACAUUAAAGAAGGUAACAUUACAAAAUAUUCUUGGGAUAAUGUUUAUAUCCUUUAUCCUUGCUUAAAAUGUGGAUGAAACUAGGUUGUAAUGAAAACAUAUAGUUGGAGAGAGAAGAUGGAUGAAGCAUUUUAAGUGUUGUCAUUCUUUCCUGUUUUUGAAAUUAUUGAUCAGAAUAAUACAUCAGGGAAGUAUAAUCCCUCUGUGAUAGCUAACUUUUUAUGAAAUAAAUAAUCUUGGAUGAAGG